CUCUGCAAUAACCUCCGAGUCCCCCUUUUUCCUUUUAAGCUGUUGGUUGUACCUUUUUUUCUCCUCAUCUUUUGGGGAUAAUAAAUACCUGACUUUCAAUAAUGAUAUAAAACCAUUUAUACCAAAUGAAAGCUUUUCCCUUUCAUCUUUUUAUCUUCUAAACACCAUGAACGCACCCUUUUAUCAGCUAUUAGAUCAGUUAUCGUUAUCAACAUUAAAAUAUCAUUGGCAAUCAGUGCUCAUUUCCGCCAUGUUCUUUACUAUUGUCUAUGAAAUAUCGAGAAUACUUUCGCCUGUUUUGUUUCCAAAGACAUUUCAGUUCUUCAAAGGAUAUAAUGCACCCAAUUGGCAUAUCCAUGUUGUAUCUACAGUACAUUGCAUAGCUGUGGUUGUUGGAUCCUUUUUUAUCCUUUUUGAUAAUUCAUUAGAACAUGAUAGAGUAUUUGGAUAUACAAAAUGGGCUGCUGAUAUAUACUCCAUCUCUUGCGGUUACUUCUUAUGGGAUACAAUCACUGCGAUUUACUUUUACAAAGAUCAAGGUAUAAGUAUGGUAUUGCAUGGUAUUGCAUCAUUCUCUGUCUUUAUAUUUUCAUUCCGUCCAUUUGUAAAUUAUUACGGUGCGAUCUUUCUCAUGUAUGAAUUAAGCACAAUAUUUUUAAAUUUCCAUUGGUUUAUGGAUAAGAUCGGCUGGUCCGGUUCAAGAAUUCAAUUGAUUAAUGGUGUCGUUCUACUACUAACCUUCUUUGGUGCACGAGUCGUAUUUGGUACAGUCAUGUCUGUUAAAAUGUGGAUUGAUAUUUAUGCAGUCAAAGAUCAUGUUCCUCUGCGUUAUUGGAUAGUUUAUGGCUCAGCCAAUUUCGCCACCAGCUGCUUAAAUUUUUGGUGGUUCAGUCGGAUGAUCAAGAUGUUACGUAAAAGAUUCCCUCAACAGCAUCAACAGGAAGUGGUAACCAUCAAGGAAAAACAAUAGAUGAAGAGCAGUGUAUAUCUUAUGAAAUGAAAUAAAAAAAAAGAGCAAUGGAUACCCUCAUACAAUAUUUCAUAUAAACAACCUAGAUAAACAAAAAAAAAAGGGCAAUCUAAAGUUAUGUAUGAAAAUAGACCUAAAGUUCUUUUUGGCUCUGAUGUAGGAUCCAUGAGCUUUUCCCGCCAAGACGAUUAGCUUACAGCUUAUAUACGAUCCAUAAGGAGAGAGAGACUAAUCUCAUGCGACAAACAAUAAGUAUAGUACGCCGUAAACGUCAGUUUGUGUCGUUCUCAAAUU